ACGAGCCGACCAAUCAGGAAGCGACCAGCGCUGCUGCACCGCCACUGAAGGACGCUUCGGGGCUGGCAGAGUGGCCUCGUUUAGCCACGUUAAUGAAUUAAAGAGCGAUGCCAUAAGUAGUGUUUGAUGUGGGUCCAGACGGCGGAUAUGUAUGUCAAUCAGCAGGGACCAUCAGAUAACCGGAACGCUGUGAGGGAGUGAGUGACAGCUGUCAUCUCGGUUAGCUAGCAGCCAAACCAGUUUAGCUCAGACUGGCUAACUGGUCCGCCCGUCGCUUUAGCGCGGACACUUCCGCAUGGAUAUGAUCCUGUCUGUAUUAAAUGUGUGUAUUACUUGAACUGCCCCGACGCUGUCUUUGUAAUCAUGAGUUAGAUCACGUCUCAACCGGGGUUUGGUGAUACUCUGAGGUCCGGUUAGCUUUAGCUGGGGUCUAGCUACCUGCUUUCAUUCAUUAUUUAAAGCCUUCUCGUAGCCACCCGCUGACGUCACCGGGGUUUGGAAACAAUCGGUUGUAUCGACUAUUGAUCGGUUUCAUCGGGAUUCUCAACUGAGUGUCGACCACACGUCGGACAACAUGAAGAAGUUCUUCGACUCGCGUCGGGAGCUGGUGGGCUCCGGGCCUGGUCCCGGAGCCCCGGCGGGGGGCCUCGGCUCCGGCGGUGGAGGAGGCUUCAUCGGACGGGUCUUCAACAUCGGACGCUAUCAGGUGACCGUGGAGGAGACCAUCGCUGAAGGUGGUUUCGCUAUCGUUUUCCUGGUGCGCACACACCAGGGGGUACGAUGUGCCCUCAAGCGGAUGUACGUCAACAACGAACACGACCUGCAGAUCUGCAACCUGGAGAUCCAGAUUAUGAGGGACCUGGUGGGGAACCGAAACAUUGUGGGCUUCCUGGACUCCAGCAUCACUGCGGUCGGGGCUGGCGACGUGUGGGAGGUCUUCAUCCUGAUGGACUUCUGCCGAGGGGGACAGGUGGUGAACCUGAUGAACCAGAGGCUCCAGACGGGCUUCUCGGAGGCCGAGGUGCUGCAGGUCUUCUGUGACACCUGUGAGGCGCUGGCCCGUCUCCACCAAUGCAAAACCCCCAUCGUCCAUAGGGAUCUCAAGGUGGAGAACAUCCUGCUCCACGACCGGGGGCACUACGUGCUCUGUGACUUCGGGAGCGCCAUCAACCGCUUCCAGAACCCUCAGACAGAGGGUGUGCCACUGGUGGACGAGGAGAUCAAGAAGUACACCACGCUGUCAUACCGGGCCCCAGAGAUGGUUAACCUCUACGGAGGCAAGGUCAUCACUACUAAAGCAGAUAUAUGGGCCAUGGGUUGCCUGCUCUACAAGCUCUGCUACUUCACGCUGCCCUUCGGAGAAAGCCAAGUAGCCAUCUGUGACGGCAGCUUCACCAUUCCUGACAACUCGCGCUACUCCCAAGAAAUGCACUGCCUCAUCAGAUACAUGCUGGAACCCGACCCCGACAAAAGACCAGACAUCUACCAAGUAUCCUACUUUGCUUUUAAGAUGGCCCGACGGGACUGUCCGAUUCAAAAUGUGCACAACGCGCCCAUCCCCACCAAGCUUCCUGAGCCAAUCAGAGCCAGUGAGGCUGUGGCCAAGAAGAGUCAGACCAAAGCCAGGCUCACCGACCCCACCCCCACCAUGGAGACGUCCAUCGCCCCGCGGCAGAGACCCAAGGCCGGCCAGCCCCAGCCCAUAGCCGGAAUCCUGCCCAUCCAGCCAGCCCUCACCCCCCGCAAGAGGCCCAGCGCUGCAGCGGGCGGACCCCAGGCCAUAGGCGUCGGAGCCUCCCUGCCCCCGCCGGCCGCUGCUUCCCCUGCCAUCCCAGCGGACCACACGGCCCCCCCGGUGCAGGCGGGGCCCCAGCCCGGCCCCCAGCCCGGCCCCAGCGUCACCCUGCUGGCCCAGGCUGCCGCCCAGCACCAGCAGCUGUUCCUCCAGCAGCAGGCCGCUGCCUUCAUGGGCCCCCAGCAGCAGGCCGGCCAGAAGCAUCCACUGGGGCACAGCCUCCAACCAGUCCAGCGUCAGCCACAACAUUAUCAACAGCGCCAGCACAACCAUCCCCAUCGUCUCCAUCAGCAGCAGUCAGCCAGUGGAGCCUCUGGCCCCACGCAGUCGAUCCCUCACCCUGUUCCUCCCAGCGCCGCGCCGCAGUACCACCAGCAGCCAGUAGCUCCUGCAGGGGUCACAGGCCACACUCCCUACCUGGGUGCCAUCCCUGAGUCUCUCGCCGUUGACCCCCUGACCGCAGCGGAGGCCAUGGCGGGCGGCCGUACGUUCCACAAGGUGGGCUCUCUGACCCCGCCCUCGUCUCCAAAGAUGGCGGCCAAGGGCGGCCACCGGCGCAUCCUCAGCGACGUGACGCACAGCGCCGUGUUCGGCGUGCCGGUCAGCAAGUCCACCCAGCUGCUGCACGCCGCGGCGGCCGAGGCCAGCCUCAACAAGUCCAAGUCCGCCAGCACCACGCCGUCCGGGUCCCCGUGCUCCUCCCAGCAGAGUGUGUACCAGGCCGGGGAGCCCGGCGCCCCCCCGGCCGCCGCCGGCACCCCCCAGCCCACCUGGAACCCCUUCGGAGACGACAACUUCUCCAAGCUCACGGCGGAGGAGCUGCUCAACAAGGACUUCGCCAAGCUGGGCGACGCUGAACACGGGGAGAGGAUCACAGGCUCCAGUGAAGACCUCAUCACAGGCCUGCAGGCCUUUCCUGCUGAAAGGGCAGCUGACACGCUGGGGUUGGAUGCAGGGGCGGCAUUAGUGAGUGUCCCCAACCCGUUUAAUGCCCUCCAGCUGUCAGACACCCCAGGGAAGCUGAUCGAGGGGCUGCAGACCCCCGAGACUUCUCUCCUGUUCCCUGACCUGUUAGCCCUCGCUGACCCCUUCAGCACCUGCACCCAGAGCUCCAGCUCGACUGCAAAGACCGAGGUGUGUGUGGACUCCCUGAUCCCAGGUCUGGAGCCCCCGCGACACGCUGCCCACAUGGACCUGGGCUCCCUCAGCCUGCCUGACGCCUUGGUUGUGGAGGACUCUCUGCUGGGCUGUGACCUCCUCUCCCUCAACUCCAGUCCCGGGGCCCCGGCUCUCUCUGCUCUCUCCCUCCCCUCCUCCGCCCCUCCCCCUGGUGCCGUCUCCUGUCUGGACGACCUGGUCUCCGUAGCGCUGACCCCCGGUCAGGCAGCGGCACCUUCUGACUCUGGGGAAAAGGCCCCCGAGGACGAGUUUGACCCCAUCCCCGUCCUCCUCUCCAAAACCCCCAACCAAGAACUGCAGGGAGACGGCACUGGCUCCAUGGAGCUCAGCAGGGGUGCACUGAGCGGGGGGCCGCAAGAGGGGCCCUCUCCCGAAGCCUCAGACUGUGAUCACUCCAGCGACGAAGAAGACGAUGAAGAAGAAGAGGAAGGGGAGGAGGAAGCCAGGGAGACGGCCAGCGGGGCUGAGGAGCCGCUGGGCGCGGCGGACCCCCUGGAGGGGGACCUGACGGCCCUGGACAGCAGCGGCUCCAGACCUCUGCUGCUGGACUCUGAGGAGGAGGAGGACCAGGAGCCCGGCUUCCAGGCCCGGCCCGCCGUGCACUCCAACGCAUCUCAGGCCCACCAGCCGCCGCCCGCCGCCUUCCACAAACCUCCUCCGGCGGACCCCUCGGCCAGCAACCACGCCCUGGCCCCGCCCCGGCCCCUCGGCGAUCUGGAGGCCCCGGACGUCUUCUCCAAAGCACCGUUUCAGUUCGCGCAGGACGAGGUGGCGGACGUGUUCGCCAACGCUCCGUUCCCGCUCGCCAACGUCCACGGCGCCGCCGUUGAGCCCUCCCCCGAUGUGUUCUCUCAGGCCCCCUUCGGGAAGAGGAAGGAGGACCCCCAGGGGGGCCUGGGGCAGGUGGCGCCGCAGCCAUUCCGACCGCAGGCGCUGGCUAAGUAUUCGCGGCACUUUGAGGGGCCGUCGCCCCAGCAGCCUGUGGCCGCACAACGGGUGGUCUCCAGCGUGAGCCAGCAGGCGGCGGUGGGCGCGGUGCCAGUGGGGGCAGCGGCGCACUCCUGGACCUCGGAGCCGGCCCCCGCCCUGGACCCCUUCGUCUCGGCACCUUUCCACCUCAAAGCUCCUCAGGAGAAGCCCUGAAGGACUCUCACACACACAGACACAGACUCACAGACACAGACACACACAGACAGACAGAGAGAGAAAGACACACACACACACACACACACACACACACACACACACACACACACACACACACACACACACACACACACACACACACACACACACACACACACACACACACACACACACACACACACACACACACACACACACACACACACACACACACACACACACAGAGAGAGAGAGAGCAGUAAACAAGUGAGCGGCUAAAUCAUGCACACUACUCUACAGGCACACAGCGAGGGGGCUUUAUGGCUUGUUGUAUGAGAUGAGGCUGUUCCGCAAACCAGCAGCGUCUUAUAUUUGGUCCGAUUGUACGAGGCUGUCACUAAACUUGAAUGCUGCAGAAGUAUAAGAAAUUCAUCCGUUUCUUUUUUCUUAUUUUUUAGCAUAUCUUUUAAUCUUUCGGUACGCACUCGCAGAGGACAAGGUAGCCACAUAUUUGUAUUCCUGCCUACCUCACUGUUUUCUUAUCCAUUAAUGAUCUGCAGUUGUAUUUCCUUAACACCUGAGCUUUACUGUGAAACUGUAGACUCGCCUGAGGGAUCCCUUCUGCUCCUUAGUAACUCCAAAGUGAACGGCCCUGCGUGGCUGAGACUCACGAUUGUAUGUUCUCAAAGAUGUUCAAGAAGUGUAAAAAAAAAAAAAGCACUUUGUUUUCUUAACACCAAUCUCUGUUUUUCGUAUCAUUUACACUUAUGUUUGGCGUUUCAAGCAUUCAAAUGCCUGAAAAAAGGCAUUCUGAAAUUACAUCCUCAAAUUCUCUAAAAAUAUUUUUGUUGGCUAAAUAUACUUCACAAACUGCUGAGCAGUAGAGCAGACCGGUAGUUUCCAUUAUGAAUGACUAUGAUGUAUUAUGAUACAAAAAGUUAGUUCUUCGGCUGUGCAACUGAAAUCCACCCCUUUUCUUAUGUAUACUGUAUCAAGUAAUCAACAUCACCGGCCAGCCUUAUUCAAACACCAGACAGCUCAACUAACACACAGGUUUGCAUUCUAUCCAUCGCUCAGAAUUUGCUCCUCCAGCAUGUGGUAUGUUGCCUCUGCAAUGGAAACAUAAUGUAUGCUAUAUCACAGGUGCCUUUUUACGUUAGCCUUCCAAAUCAAAUGCUGCAUUUUACGCAUAAUUAUUUUUUUCCGGAACCAAAUACUUGUACCACUGCAUUGUCUGCCGUGCAUGAAGCCAUCAACAAUGCUAUCAUGGACCGCUGCGUCAGAUCAGAAUAUGUGCUCACUCCAAUAACUUCUGGUGGGCAAUUGAAUUUAGUGUUUAAUGAGGGUUAGGGUUAGGGUUAGUGUCCUCAAGCAGCACAGCUUCAUCCACUGCACUCGUGCUUGAAGCACCAGUCGCUGGUACUUCUGCUCAUGUUGUCUGGCUGGGGGGUGUCUGAGUGGAGGCUUGUAUCGGCGCAUCCUUCCUGGUGGAUCUCCGUAACCAUGGCAAUAUUGUAUUGCCUCCUGCUUUGUAAAAUCCCAAGGCAUUUUGAAGUUCAACUUUUAAGCACAUUUAAGAAAAAGGGGAACUAACAAAAAAUGUAUGCUGAAGUGUAUUGUAUAAUCCUUUGAUUUCUCUGUGGCUGUUUUGUUUUUUUCUCCAAUGUACAAUCUUUUUAUAAACAUUCAGCUGUCACCCAACCUGCACAAAUGAAGGCCGCACACGGUAACGGACCGCCUGGACUGUGUUGAUGAUGACACUGCUGUAUGAGGUUUAUACUAUAUGUAUUUUGAUCAGUCCGUUAUAAGAUGUGUGUGGAGGGUUCAACAGGUUCAGAUGCGGAAAACUAGCACUCGUUAAAAUAAUUGAGUCAUGCUGUAAAGCUUGCCUUUUGAAAAAAAUAUUAAAUGAAUGUAAAGACAA